AUGUUUGUCUACAACACCACGCCACAUUCAACUACGGAACGUCAUCCAUACGAACUUCUUUACGGCAAGCCGGCCGAAGUUCCGAAUUCUCAUUCGCGCACAGAAGAAGUACGGUACAACUACGACGAUUACUGCUACGAACUGAAACAGCGGCUGCAACGCGCACACGACACCACACGUGACACUAUCGUGAAGAAGAAGGAGAAGUCUAAGGCACUUUACGACCGGAAUGCAAAACCAAUUACAGUGCAUGUUGGGGACAAGGUGUUGACAAAAUGGCAUGCGAAGAAGGGCAAACUCAGCGCCAACUGGAAAGGCCCAUUCGAGGUAGUCGGACGUACAAAUACCGAAAACAUAAUAAUAAGGAAGGGACGUCGGGAAGUGAAGACGCACAUUAAUGACGUCAAACUCUCCCACGAAUAA